UGGAGACAUCUGAGCCUUAAUGGGGACUUUCCAACAUUCCAGACUGACGGCUGCCCUACAAUGAGCUGAGUCACUGACCCAAGUACUGGCAACAAUGUGGAAGGCCGGAAUAGCCGGCAUCACUAACCUUCUCUCUAAGCAGCAACCCAGAACCAGUGUGGCCUGAAACUCCAGCAAGCGGUAGAGAGAGCCUCCUCUGUUCAUGGAAAGGGGAAAUGAAAGGAUUCCCAGCCAAUCACAACGAACUUUCCACACCUCCAAAGAGCCUACCUUCCUCAUCCAUCAGGAGGUCCUGCCUAGCGACUCCCACUCAACCCUCCUGCUGGAAGCAAAGUGUGACGAUCUCACUGAAAACGUAAAGGCCAGCAUUCAGAAAAGGAGACCCGGAACGGUGAUACUAUCAAAACGCUCAAGUAGAAUUAUGUCAGAAAGCCAGCCUAGACCGCCUGUGAUCCCAUCCCGCAGGCCAGGCUUCCGGAUAUGCUACAUCUGUGGCCGAGAAUUUGGGUCCCAGUCAAUUGCCAUUCACGAGCCCCAGUGCUUGGAGAAGUGGCGCGUUGAGAAUAGCAAACUACCCAAGCACUUGAGGAGGCCAGAACCCUCCAAACCACAGCCCGUCCGUGGCAGUGGCUCCUACAGCCUUCAGGCAGCCAACGAGGAGGCAUUUCAGAGUGCGCAGGCUCAGCUGCUGCCCUGUGAAUACUGUGGUCGCACGUUCUUGCCAGAUCGUCUCCUGGUUCAUCAGAGAAGCUGCAAGCCAAAGGGAGAGAGAACACCAAACGUGGAUGUCCCUGAUGUUCCUACUGGUCUCAAGAAAACUUCCAGCGGCACCUCAGCCCGACCAAGGACUCUCAUCUGUUAUAUUUGUGGUAGGGAAUUUGGCACUCUGUCCCUUCCUAUCCAUGAGCCCAAAUGCUUGGAAAAGUGGAAAAUUGAGAAUGACCGGCUUCCUAGAGAGCUGCGUCGGCCCCUGCCCCAGAAGCCUCAACCCCUUCCAACGGGACAGCCCAGCCAAGAGGGGGCGAGUCAAGCUGCGCUUGUGCCUUGCCCAAAUUGUGGCCGGACCUUCGCCCUGGACCGCCUACCUGUACACCAGAGAAGUUGUAAACCUCAACCUAAUGGGCCAAAAAGUCCAAAUUCGAACCUAGAAAGGAAAGGUGAUCCACAUGCAGCCACCAAUUCCAAGCAACAAAGGAAUGUGGCAACACCCACUGAGGACAAGGUAACUGCCGUCGUAUAAGAUGAAGGAGGUGGACCAGGGACGCGUUGCAUCUUCAAAGAGAUGAAAUAACUGUUCCCUGAGUCAUCUACCUCAGCCCCAAGGAAGGUUCCUCUCAAAGCCUUACUCUCAAGGCAGUGUGUUCAAGUCGAUCUCCUGGACUCCAGGGGCUGUAUCUCUUUUGGCAAAGUAGACCUACCCUCCCCUUCUUGGUUCAUAAUCCUUUCGGGUCUUACAACCUGAAAGAGAUGGACUUCCCCCA